AUGUCCUCCAAGUAUAGUUUACAACAAAAUAUUUUAAAAACUAAUAAUGCUGACUAUAAUAAUGAAGAAGAAAAAAGAAAGAAAGAAGAACAAUUUUUACAUAUACCAAUGUAUGAUUUACUCAUGGAGGAAAAAAUAGGUUCAGGUGGUUUUGCUGAUGUGUAUCGCGGUACAUGGUUAAGUCGCGAUCAACAAGUUGCAAUUAAAUUGGUACGAAUUAAUCCCGUACCAGAUAGUGUUAAACAAGAUUUUCUUAAUGAAUUAUCGAUAAUGUAUCGUAUACGUUAUGAUCAUGUUCUCACUGUUUUUGGUGCAUGCAUAGAAUCCAACUACUGUGCUCUUAUUACUGAAUAUAUGCCAUUAAGAUCUUUAUUCGAUGUUUUACAAAAGAAAGAGCCAAUAUUAACAUGGUCGGAUCGUUGGAUGAUUGCAUUACAAAUGGUAAAAUCCAUAAACUAUUUACAUAUGUUACAACCACCUAUACUACAUCGUGAUAUUAAAUCAAUGAAUUUUCUAUUAGCAGAAGGAAAAGAUGGUUUUAUUGUUAAAGUUGGAGAUUUUGGUUUAUCUGAAAUAAAAAAUAAAAGUUUGAAACAAUGCCGAAUUCCACCUACAGAGUCAAUUGGUACACUUCAAUGGAAAGCACCAGAAUUAUUAGAACUUGGUGAAUAUACGGUAAAAAGUGAUAUUUAUAGUCUAGGAAUAGUAUUUUGGGAGCUGGCAACUGGCUGUAUACCAUUUGAUGAUGUUAAUGAAGAAUCAGUUAUAAGAACAUCUGUGUUAGCUGGUGAAAGGUUGGAGAUUCCUCAAAAUGUCCCUGGUGAAUUUUGUUCAAUUAUAAUCAGUUCUUGGUCUCAUAAUCCGGAUCAACGUCCAACAUGUUCAGAAUUAAUAAAAAUAAUUAAAAAAGUAAUUCUGUCGACAGUAGCCCUAGCUGCUCCUCCACUUCCAAAGAAACAAGCAUCGGUUAAACAGCGCCUCCUCAGGUCUGUUCUGUUGGAAAUUGCGAUCGCAACAGGUCCAGAUGACCACCGCGCCGUUGUUUUAGAAUCUUUUAAACAUGAUAUUCGUCAUCUGGGUCGUCCAGCUAACGGUACCCUUUUUUCGUUCUUUUUCAAAAGAUUAUUGCAGUAAAGCUACAAACUAAUCUAAAAUUGCAACUACAUAAUUAAGUACAUUAAAUUAAGUACAAAACCAAUACACUAUAUGUAUGUGUAUUUUGGGAGUCAAUAUCCUUUUUGCUAUUGACAGUCUCACAGGACAAUAAACCUAUCCAAAUACACAUAUCCCAAAGCGUGAUAGCGUUC